GUAUGGGUCCAGUACGUCUCAGUGGUCAUGUGUCUUGUGGUGGUGGUCCUGUGAUGAUGAGGAAUUAUCAGGUGAGGAGAGAUCAAGCUCUAAACAGAAGAAGAGAUGUUUUACUCUGGAUAACGGCUCUUCUGAUGCUCAUAUUUGCUGCUGUUCAUCUCAUUUACUGCGCUGGAAACACUUUCAAGAGUUCCGCUCCCGCAAGAGUCCGGCGAGACGUCGAGAAUGUGACGGACUGUAUUCCACCACAAUCCUCUGAAUUCCCUGCGGGAUUCUUCACUCUUCAGGAGAGAAAAGAUGGAGGACUUCUCAUAUAUUUCAUGCUGAUCUUUUACAUGCUUCUGGCUGUUUCUGUAGUGUGUGACGAGUAUUUUCUGCCGUCUCUUGAGGUCAUCAGUGAGCGUCUCGGGCUUUCUCAGGAUGUUGCUGGAGCCACUUUCAUGGCGGCUGGAAGUUCUGCACCUGAACUUGUGACUGCGUUUCUGUGUGUUUUCGUGACAAAAGGAGACAUUGGUGUGAGCACCAUCAUGGGUUCAGCCGUCUAUAACCUCCUGUGUAUCUGUGGAGCGUGUGGACUCUUAACCUCUGCGGUGUCUCGUCUGACGUGUUGGCCGUUGUUCAGGGAUUGUGCGGCGUAUGCUGUGAGUGUGGUGGCAGUGAUCGUCAUCAUCUCUGAUAACAGAGUUUACUGGUAUGACGGAGCGUGUCUUCUGCUGGUGUAUGGUGUUUAUGUGGCGGUGUUGUGUUUUGAUCUGAGGAUCAGUGAGUAUGUGAUGCAGAGGUUCAGUCCGUGUUGUUCGUGUCUUCAGAAGACUUCACAGGACUGUAGCGAAGAGCGGCCGCUCGUGGGCUGGAGCGAUGACGGUGACGUCCCGACGCAGCGGAGAUCUCGAGCGGACAGCGGAAUCUUUCAGGAGGAUUCAGGAUAUUCUCACCUGUCUCUCAGCCUCCACGGCCUGAAUGAAAUCAACUCAGAACAGAAGAGUGUGUUCCGGAUGCCAGAUCACGAUAUGAAGCGGAUCCUCUGGGUUCUGUCUCUGCCCGCUCUCGUUCUCUUGUAUUUGACCGUUCCUGACUGCAGGAGACGCUUCUGGAAGAAAUGGUACAUGAUCACCUUCCUGAUGUCUGCUGUCUGGAUCUCUGGAUUCACAUAUGUUCUGGUGUGGAUGGUCACUGUCAUCGGUGAGACGCUGGGGAUUCCUGACACAGUUAUGGGAAUGACUCUUCUGGCGGCGGGAACGAGUAUCCCGGACACUAUAGCAAGUGUUAUGGUGGCUUGCGAAGGUAAAGGUGACAUGGCCAUGUCGAACAUCGUGGGCUCAAAUGUUUUUGAUAUGUUAUGUUUGGGACUGCCGUGGUUCAUUAAGAUGGUGUUUGUGGAGACGGGGUCACCGGUGGAGGUGAACAGCAGCGGUCUGCUCUUCAUGUCCUGUACUCUUCUCCUCUCCAUCGUCUUUCUCUUCUCGGCCGUUUACAUUAACGGAUGGAAGUUGGACCGGAAGCUGGGUGUGGUGUGUCUGAUCUGUUAUAUUCUGUUUGCCACGUUAUCAAUCCUCUAUGAAUUUGGGAUCAUUGGAAAUAAUCCCAUCCGGGCCUGUGGUGACUGACACGCUUGAGUUUUUCAGUUUUGUGUUCGAUAUUGUUUGCAAAACGUUCAUCAGGUUUAUGUUUUGUGCUGCUAAUCUUCUCUGAAUCUCCUGAAGUGUUCAUGAGGACUUUGCUUUAAGGACUUUAUUCUGGGUAAGCAUCGUGUGAUAUGAAGACGAGACUGUGAGGGACACAAUCUGAGAUUGGAUGAUAACUACAUUCAACAGAACACACCACACGUUGGGUUUUAUCAAUGCGACACAUUUUUAAUCAACAUCUCAUCAAACUGAUCAGAGAUAUUAUUCAAAAUGAAACACAAUUACAGAAACAUGUAUUAACACUUCAUUGCUCAAAAGUUGAAGGAAUGUUGCCCGAGUAUUCCACUGGUUUAUUUUGUUUUACAACAUUUGAACAAAAACCGUUCUUUUUGUGGAAUACACAGUGGGUUCGCCUCAUUUUACUCAGAUUAAAGUCUAAAAGUGAUUCUGUAAUGGAUGGUUUUUCACAUCAAUGUUUCCAUUUCAAAAGCAAUGCAACAAAAUGUGUUUUUUAGGUCUCUUCUACUCUUAAACUUUAGUCAUUUGUUAUCUUAUUUUCAAUUAAUUCAAUUUGAACACAUGCAUUAUCAUGAAAACCGUAUUUGUAUUUUUUUCGGGGCCGACUCUAACCCUAACCUUAAACCUCAAAACUUAAUAUAAAUUCUUAGAGAUGUAUUUAUUACCAGUCUAUUGAAUCCUUUGUUUAUAUUUUAUAAAACCCUUGAUGAUAGUAGAUAUAAGUCAAAGCGCAAGUUUUCUAUUUUAAAAGAGAGAAAAUGUCCAGUGUUCUGGAUUUGGGCAUCAUGAUCACUGCGGGAACACAUCAUCAUUAACCUCAAUCUCACAGAAAUGAAUGUGUUAGUGUGGAAAUAAAUCCGGUUAAUAUGAAAGACUUCAGUUCUGAAGAGCUUUAACGACCUCUCAUGAUCAUGACACUGGUGUUCAUUCAAACACAAAAAAAUAGUUGAAGGGAAAAUUCAUCCAAAAAAGAAGAAUUACUCUAGUUGUUCCAAACUUGUAUAAAUGUCUUUGUUCUG